AUGACUUCUGUCAAAGAGUUCCCCACGAUCAAGACCGUUAGGUCUUUUGUGAUUGGCGGAGUCGGUUCAGGCGGCGAUUACCAUAAUGUUAAAGGGGGACACUGGUUGAUUGACUCGUCAAUCUCGACGCCGUGCUCAAGAUGGGAAGAGUACCGGAAAUCUCGGACAAGCUGGGGCAUCAACGUCUUGGGCUCCUUUUUUGUCGAGAUCGAGGCGACUGAUGGCACUGUUGGCUAUGCAACUGGCUUUGGAGGUCCUCCCGCAUGCUGGCUCACCCACCAACACUUUGAGCGCUUCCUCAUCGGCGCCGACCCGCGCAGGACCAAUCAUCUCUUUGAGCAGAUGUACCGCGCAUCCAUGUUCUACGGGCGCAAAGGUCUCCCCAUCGCCGUCAUAUCAGUCAUCGACCUCGCUCUGUGGGACCUGUUGGGCAAGAUCCGCAAAGAGCCCGUCUACCAGAUGAUCGGCGGCGCGACCAAGGACCGGCUCAACUUCUACUGCACGGGCCCCGAGCCAACUGCUGCCCGCGACAUGGGCUUCUGGGGCGCCAAGGUGCCGCUCCCGUACUGCCCCGACGAGGGCCACGUCGGGAUGAGGAAGAACAUCGAGUUCCUCCGCAAGCACCGCGAGGACGUCGGGCCAGACUUCCCCCUGAUGGUGGACUGCUACAUGAGCCUGAACGUGUCGUACACCAUCGAGCUGGUAGAGAAGUGCAAGGACCUGGACAUCAACUGGUGGGAGGAGUGCUUGUCGCCCGACGACACGGACGGCUUCGAGCAGAUCAAGCGCGCUCACCCCACGCUCAAGUUCACGACGGGCGAGCACGAGUACUCGCGCUUCGGCUUCCGCAAGCUCGUCGAGGGCCGCAACCUCGACAUCAUCCAGCCCGACGUCAUGUGGCUCGGCGGGCUGACGGAGCUGCUCAAGGUCUCGGCCAUGGCGGCCGCCUACGACAUCCCCGUCGUCCCGCACGCCUCGGGCCCCUACAGCUACCACUUUGUCAUGUCGCAGCCCAACACGCCCUUCCAGGAGUACCUGGCCAACUCGUCCGACGGCAAGAGCGUGCUGCCCGUGUUUGGCGACCUGUUCAUGGACGAGAUCAUCCCGUCCAAGGGCUUCUUAACGCCCAAGGACCUGGACAAACCGGGCUUCGGCUUGACGCUCAACCCUGCCGCCAGGGCCAAGAUGAUUCCCGGCGAGUUUUGGGUCAACCCCGCGCCGAUGAAGGCACUUGGCAGUGGUGCUGCUGCUGAAGAGAAGAAGCAGGGUGCCGUGGAGGCGGUGGUGAACAAGGUGCAAGAGCUUACGACGUCAUGA